UGAGUCCUUUCCCCCCCACACACACUCACACACCGCCAACAGCGCCUCGGCCUUCUUUUUUCCUUGCGCGUCGCCUGUGAGGUUUGGCGGCCUUCGAUGGGGAAGAAGUCGCGGGCGGCGCCGGCGGGACGGCGGCCUAUCUUGCAGCUCUCCCCGCCGGGGCCUCGCGGGGGCCGGGAGGAAGCGGUGCCAGGCGACGGGGACUCGGCAUCGGAAGCGGAUGAAUUUGAAGUUACAGAAGAAACUGGAAAGACAACCUCAAAUCCACCCCAAGCAAAUAUGCCUGUGGGGCCAGUAGCUGUCAAACCAACAGGCGGGUUGUGUUUGCUUGGAGCUUAUGCUGACAGUGAUGAAGACGACAGUGAGAUGUCUGAGAAGCCAGCACAGUCUGCGGAUGGAAAUGGCAAUAACUCAUCAGAUAUUGACAGUACCUUGGCCAACUUUCUAGCGGAAAUAGAUGCCAUUACAGCUCCUUCCCAAGUUGCUGAGGCCGCUACUUCUGCCAUUGCUCCGCCUCCUACUCCCCCUCGACCAGAACCCAAGGAGUCUGCCACGAAUCAGGUUUUGGCAACUACAAAUGGAACAGACCAGGUGGCUGAGUGGCAAUAUGACACUCAGUGCUCCUUGGCAGGAGUGGGUGUGGAGAUGGGAGACUGGCAGGAAGUUUGGGAUGAAAAUACGGGCUGCUAUUAUUAUUGGAACACUCAAACUAAUGAGGUUACAUGGGAGCUACCGCAGUACCUUGCAACUCAAGUUCAAGGCCUCCAACAUUACCAGAGUUCUGUAACAGAGACUGCUGAAAGCUACCAGAUCAUUGCAGACGUGAACUCCCAGGGGAAAAGUACUGCUACUAUUGGGAGUGGUGGCCGUAGGACAGUACUUGGGAAACGUGAGCUGAAGAAGGAAGUGAAUGAAGGUGUCCAGGCCCUUUCAAGCAGUGAGGAAGAGAAAAGGGGAGUGGCUGCAUCAUUGUUGGCUCCCUUGCUUCCAGAGGUUGUGAAGGAGGAAGAGGAGCGCUGGAGGCGGAAGGUUAUCUGUAAAGAGGAGGUGGAACCAUUGAUGGGGGAGGAUGUGGCCGCAGAACAAACAGCAUCUAUUGGUGAUCAACAGAUUGAAGCCAGCCGAGACAUGGGAGAAGACCCUUCUCAGGAGGAUCUGUGUAGUGUGGUGCAAUCAGGGGAGAGUGCAGGGGAGGAAGAAGAACAAGAUACUCUUGAACUGGAGAUGGUGUUGGAGAGAAAGAAGGCAGAACUCCGAGCUUUAGAAGAAGGUGAUGGGAGUAUUUCAGGCUCCAGUCCUCUUUCUGAUGGGAGCCAGGCAGAGCUUACACGACGGCUACUCCCCAAACCAGCAAAAUGGAAGCUCUUUGGGGUUGCUAGCCCUGAAUCCACGAGCCGAGGAUCUAGCAAGACAGGACAAGAGAGUCCUGAACCUGGAGAAACGGCAGCGAAAGAGGAUCCUGAAGUUGCUGAGGAGCAUUCGGACAAUGAAUCAGAAACAGAAGAAUUGCAAGACAAAGUGAAAACUCAAGGGACGUUCAAGGUGGAGGAUGAGGAGCAGGACUUAAAGUUUCAGAUUGGAGAGCUGGCCAAUAUGUUGAUAAGCAAGCUGGAGUUCUUGGGCAUCAGUCGACAAUCCAUCUCUAACUUCCACAUGCUCCUCUUGCAGACUGAGACCCGUAUUGCAGACUGGCGGGAAGGAGCUCUCCAAGGAAACUACCUCAAACGCAAAUUGCAAGAUGCAGCUGAACAGCUAAAACAGUAUGAAAUAAACGCCGCCCCUAAAGGCUGGUCCUGCCACUGGGACAGGGAUCAUAGGCGCUAUUUCUAUGUUAACGAGCAAUCAGGCGAAUCGCAGUGGGAGUUCCCAGAUGGGGAAGAGGAAGAGGACGGGCAAAUCCUAGAAAAUAAAGCAGAAGCUCUUCCCAAACAAGCCCUAAAGGAGAAAACAGAAGCCAGGGAAUUGACUGAUAACACUACAGGUUCUCUUGGCAAAGAUCCUCUUUCUAGUCAAUCUGCAGCUUCAAACCUUGUGCCUCUCAGUCCAUUUUGGACUGUACUUCAGCCUUCUGUUCCUGUACUUCAGCCCCCUUUGCCCUUGGAAAUGCCACCACCACCACCGCCACCACCUGAGUCACCCCCACCCCCUCCCCCACCUCCACCAGGAGAAGAUGGGGAAAUACAGGAAGUAGAGAUGGAGGAUGAAGGAGAUGAGGAGCCACCAGCACCGGGAACAGAGGAAGAUGCUGUCCUGAAACCUCUUCUCCGGCCAACAGUUACCAACAACCAGAUUAACUCCGAGACCAGCACUUCCACAUCUCUUUCUGCCAAAUCUCUCAAGAGAAAAGCUUCUGAAAUGACUGCUGGACUGGUGCAACGAGCAGCAACUAUUGGAAGCUGCCCAGUACUUUAUGGCCAGUCAGUAAUGAAUGCAAGUGAGUAUCAUUCUGGUUUUCUUGUUUUCCAUGGUGAACUAUUUUGGAAAUAUUCUCAUUCUUCCCUUCUCAUUGUGUUUACAGGCCCUCAGACCCCAGCAAUGAAUUUGCAACAGAGUUAUCUGGGAGUAACACAGCCAGCACUCAUGAGCUAUCCAGAGUGUAAUGCCCCUGUGGCACUUCCUGCCAGCACCACACAGCCACUUCCUCCCCAAGGAGCUUUGCCUGCCACUAGUACUGCAGAACAUGUGCCGCCGCCACCACCACCUCCACCGCCACCACUGUCACCACCUCCACAUGCUCCAAAAACACUGCCUCCUGAAAAAUCAAAAAAGCUUAGGAGAACUAGCAAGAGAAAAAAGAACAAGACAAAGAUGCCAUCUCUUGUGAAAAAGUGGCAGAGCAUUCAACGGGAAUUGGAUGAGGAGGAAAACUCUAGCUCCAGCGAUGAGGAUCGGGAAGUGAUGUCACAGAAGCGAAUCGAGGAGUGGAAGCAACAACAGUUGGUCAGUGGUAUGGCAGAAAGAAAUGCAAAUUUUGAGGCCUUGCCCGAGGACUGGCGAGCUCGACUCAAGAGACGGAAAACCACCUCAAGCACAUGAGUCAUCUUAAGUCUUUUUUUAUUAUUUUUAAACCACACAUGUACAGAACAAAACUUUUACUGUUGGAUAAAUUGUAACUUUUUGAAGGUACACAUUUCAGUUGAAAGACCUGAUAGAGAAAUUGUGUGGCCUAAGGAUUCCCUUUGGAAUUGUAUCCGGCAAAUAGGACUGUGAAAUAAUGUAUAGGUUCGACCACUUCUGUCUUAAGCACUUCCAAUCCCAUUUCAGACACAGACUGGAAGAUCAUUCUGUCUAGUUCCCUGGUGGAGCUAGCGGCAAGAACUGUUGGGUGCACUUUGGCUGGUUCCAUUUUGAAUUCUUCGUUUCCACUCCUUUCCAAGUCCCAAAGUAUUCUUCCACUUUUCUCAGAAAUACAUCUGCGCAGCUACAGUCCCAUUUGUUAUGUGGUAUUACAGAACAGGCAAAUCAAAGAUACACAUGCUUCUCCCAUUGGGCACAGAGAACUGGAAUUUGACUCCAUUGCCAUUGUUUCAUUCCUGAUCUUGGGAACACUUGGUUUGGGGCAGAAUUGUUCUUUGUUUUCUAAACUAAAUAAUAAUAUUGAAAGCUGUAUGAAUUCUGCUGUUUUUCUGGGAUGGUUUCACAAUAGAAUAAUUUUCAUAUAAUAAUAUUCCAUUUUUUUCUGGUGCUGUAACAUGCCAAUAAUAGUAGUGUGGCUGUCACAAGGUGGGAAAGAACAUACUAUGCAUCUACUAUCAGUGAGCACUAACUGAAGCAAGGGGUGAGUCUCCACUGGUUAGUACCCAGAGGCCAGGACAUCUGGAUCUGUACUGUGUAGGCAUGAAGCUGCUGUUUGGCCAGCAACUCUUUGACUGCAGUAUGUGCUGCUAGUCAGCAGCCACAUGCCUGAACAGUGCUGAGUCAAGCUCCGCAGUAGUGUCUUCUGAUAAAGGUAUAGAGGGCUAAUUUUUCUCAUUUUACUUAGCAUUUUCUCCCAUUGAUUGCUGCUUGAUAGAUGUAUGCUAGAGGAAAGGGAAAAAAUAACCUUACUAAAUUCUAGACCCCUCCUACUACAGAAUCCCAGCAAAAGUAGGAUCUUUGUCCCUUUAAAGCCAGGGUUAACAUUUAUCCAAUGUGAGAAUAUUUGGGUCCUUGCCCUUGUUUCCAGUUUAGAAAUCCGAAUCAAGUGGUUACGAUUUUCUUUAACCUGAAAAAAAAGGCAGUUUACGGUUGAACACUGUUUGUAUUUCUCCAGUUUCUGGCUUUGUAAAUUUGUAUAUAUACAUUAAUAAAUUCCCUUUUUAUACUUCA